AUGUAUGGCGAACCUUCUGAUGCUUCUUAUAGGCGAACAAAUGAAAACAAGAAGGUGGAGUCUUCUAACGCUACCAUGACUUACCGGGCCUUAUAUGCUCACCUGCUGAAUACAAACGACCAAUGUAAUUUUGUGGAGACGCUGUCUGUAGAAGAGGCAGCGAAUGGAAAUGGAUUUCAAAUCGCUAAGUUUCUUGCUGUAUUAUUAAACGAAUUACGCAUAUCGAAUCCAGAUGUCGUCAAAGAUAGUGUUGCUGUUAUGGAGAGAGAAGGACAAGAUGAGCCUUUACGAGAAAUUUUUGCUGCAUUUGAUGAAGAGCAAACUGACUGGUGGUCGGUUAUGAUUAGCCGCUCCGAUUUUGAUGUGGCAGAUGGAGGUGACAACUCAUAUUUCGUUACGCCGCAUCGCCCUAGUUUACCUGUGGAGGAGUUCUCUGGAAUGUCAGUGAAUCGAUCUGCAUUCGCUACCCCAUGCGGUCCAAAUAGACUACCUGAUGGGCGCCGACGGAACAAUACUGGAGCUUAUACUGUUGCACGAUGUGAUAGUAGCCCACUUAUGGAAGCGGUUAAUUCUCCAAAAGUGAGGGAGUUGCGUUGUAAGCGGGAUCUUAAGGCGCUCAAAAAGCAGUUAGAUGAAGUAGAGGACCAGCUAGUGCUCUCAGAAUCACGGGCCAGCAAUUACAAAUGCCAAGUUGAGUCUCUUGUCGCAGAGUUGUCGGAAAAGAAGGCACGCAUCCGUGAAUUAGAAGGAGAACUGAAACUGGUACAGAGGGCUCGUGAAGAACUGGAAGAUAAACUGAAACUGAUAAAAGACGAAAAGGAGGUCCUCCUGCGUCAGUGUGAAAGUCAAAAGCACAGGAUUGCACAGUACAAGUCGAGCUCAGAAAAAUGGGAAGAGAAGGAGGCUCAACUAACCGAAAAAUUGAAAGCAAAAGAAGUGGCUUUCGCUUCUUUAGAAAGAAAUUUGCGUGAUUUGAAUGACGAGCUCUGUGGAACUGCGCAGACCGUCCAUGCCUUGGAAACCGAGCGUGAUAAACUGGCGGCCACGUUGGAGGAGACUAAACGCGCUGCAGAAGCGGAAAGGGAACAAUAUCAAUCAUCUAUAUCAGAAUGGAGGAGGCGAUGCGAAACGGAGACAUCUGACAAGAUGGCUCUGUACUCCUCCGAGAUGGAAAAGAAUGCAGCACUUCAGAGGAAGCUUCGAGAGCUGUCUGAGGAAUAUGAAAAGCUUCAAAAGCAAUAUGACGACAGCAAACGCUCAUUCGAAAACACCAUCGAAGAAAGGGAUCAAACUCACAAGAAGAAUUAUAACAAGAUUUCGACGAGACUUGCCGAAGUGGAAGCAGAACUCGCGGCUAGAGAAGAGCAACACAAGCGUUUUGCCAGCGAGCACAAAGCAACUGUACAGCAGCUGGAAAGUGCCCAUUUGGCCGACACUUCCCAACGCGACUUAGCGAUUCGCUCCUGUCGUACAAGAAUUGAUGAGCUCGAAUCUAGCUUGACGGAAUGCAACCGCCUCAUUUUGCAGCAGCGGAAGGAGUUGACAGCUAUAGCCGCGGAAAGGGACGCAGUUGCAAAUGAGCGGUCUGCCUUGCGAACGUCUUUAGAUGAGAAAGACAGUCAGUUGUGCGAAUGCGGGAUAGAUAUAGAUAAACUGAAUGCGCAAGUCAAGACGAUGGAAUCUCAACACAUCAAUGAUACUCGAUUUGUGGAAAACCUUCAAGGCGAUUGCGCUCGUUUGCAAGCAAUCAUCGAUGCGAAAGAUGACGAAAUUUUUGGGAUGCAGAUGCAGCUACAAAAUUUAAUGGCUUUGUCAGAUGUGCACAGCAAAGUCGCCCAAGAACUUGAAGAGACGCAGAAACACCUCGCUGACGAGCGGAAACGGAACAUUGAACAGGCUUCCUUAAUAAAAACCACAGCCGAGGAUCUGAUGCAUAAGUUGGAAGGCUUAGCUACUAGGAACUGCGAACAAGCUGAGAAAAUAAAUCAAGUCGAACACGAUAUGGAAUUAAAAUUGGAUGAGGCGCGUGAGAAUGAGGAGCGGUAUAGAGCUGAAUGUGAAGCACUUCGGGAGAAAGACGGGCUGAGAACCAAGCAAAUUCAGAAUCUUUGCAUGAAGUUCGAGAAACUUGAUGAAGAUAUGUGUUUAUACAACCUGAGGAAUAGCGAGCUCGAGAUGCAAGUCGCGCAGUUGAAGGAAGAGAAUGCGCAGUUCUACAAAUGCAUCGAAUUGUCCAGCAUUAAAGCCGACAAAGAAUUGAUUAAAAUGCGUUUUCCGAACGCUUCAGCGUCUAAAGGCACCUUGCGAAGGGCGGUGGAACGGUUGCCGUCACCUGCUGAUGAAAUGGAGGGAACGCCGCAUCCAAACCCUGCGUGCAAGAACCACCCCGUCCCAAGUCCUCCUUCAAAGGCUGAUCUGGCGAAGCACCGUAGCAAUCUAAAAAUCAAAUUCGAAAGGCUCGCUGAACGAACAUCAUUUUGGCUGUUUCCUGGCAAACAGAGUGACGAGAGACGCGAUUUCAAGCUGGAUACGGAUCACUCCAGGCUAAGCGGAACUUCAGAAACGGAACUCGAUGCUUCACCCGGCUAUGCGUUGCGCCUACGCGUUGGAAGUAGGAGCAUACAGUGUCGCACACGGGAGUGA